UAACAGUUUAAAGUUUUUCAUCGUCAAAACUUCUGUGAGAUGGAUAGACUGGUUCAGAGAGUUACAUACAGAAACAAUGAUGGAUCUGAUCCGGAAUUCCACCCAAAACCUUUAUGUUUGUGAAAUGGCUGUCAUGGGAUGGAUUGACUUGGUGACCGGUGAUCUGGGCUGUGCCUAACCAAUUCGUAGGACGUUUCAUGCGGAAUUCUGACUGUUGUGCCAACCAACUGAAGCUCAUGAUCAAGAUGAAAGCCCUGCACUAUUUCAACAGCUCUAUUUCUAACAGUUUUGCGCUUUAUAUUGGAGAAAGUUUUCUCAUUCUCACUCAGUGGAUGGUCAGAGGAUGAAAUGAGUUUUGACUCAACGUGAGACUGUGCUUGUGACACUAGAGAACUUUUGAAACUGGGAAGCUGAACAAAUUUUCCUCCAUCUUUCUCCACAUGUGCGAAGUUCACUUGGUUUUAAACAGUCAUUUUCCUUGUGUUCCUGGACUCUUGGGAUUGUGGACAAAACCUGUAUUAGCCAUAAAUAUUGCUGCUCCGAAAAAAACCCAGAGCUUGAUAGUAUAUAUUUUUCACGUAAUAUUUUUCUCUGGAUUGUACUACCUGUUCUAGUCCAGGUAUAAAUUGGUUUAUUUCAUAUUUUUGUAAAAUUCUAUACAGGAAUUUCCAUUUGGUUGUAAAGAACUGCAGGUCAGUACUUUUUAUGAAAUGUUAACUUCAGCUUAAUUUUUCGUUAUUUUGUACGAUCAUACACGUGUUAAGUAAUAUAUGUUAAAGCUCACCAAGUGCAAGUUCCUUGUUAAUAGAAUUUUGAAAGCUGUGAAAACGGUUGUAAUGGUUCCCAGUUGUAAGUUUAUGUGUUUCCAUGGACACAAGUUUUAAGACAAUUUUGCAAUUGAAUUUGCGUACACUCAUCACCAAAUUGAGAAGGCAAGGUUUUAAAAAAUGGAGAAUAUUCGGAGACAUUUUCCUUUCACUGGGCAAACCAACAAAGGUCUUGCCAGUGCGGAGCGUUCAUCUGUGUUUCAUGUGGAGAUGAAGCAAGAGGCAGACCGUUCUUGUGCCCCGGAUGGUAUCAGGUCAGAGGUCACCAACCAGCCAGCCAAUCAGGGAUCAGCAGAAUCUGUACAGCAGCUUCUAGCCGGCUUUGUGCAAUGCCUGUCCAAGUACCACAGUUCAGGCACCCAGUUACGACAGGAAUUGGGACAAACCCUAAAGGGCACCCUAUAUCAACCCUUGGGGGCUAUGUGUACUACUAAGUUGCCCCACAAUAUUUUUGACCGAAGAGCAGACUUCCUUCAAUUGGCCAAUGACAUUCAUGCACUGCUCACGGGACUGCAGGAGAAUCCCCCCAAAACAGAGACCAGCCAACAGGCUGUGCUCAAGUGCAUGUUGUUGCUGUUAAAACUCGAGUCUCAGUACCAUGAAAUGUGUCUACAGGAAAUGCAGACGACUUUACGAGAACUUGCUCAGUCAUGCGCCAGUCAUAGUUGCCAUGACGUCCUCCAGUUAAUGGCUAGUCUAGGAUUGGCCAGUCAGGGAUCUCCUAACAGAAGCCUUGGGAAAUCUGUUGGCCAGUAUUCAGCCUUGAGUGAUAAAGGCACACCCCAUACUCAAGGUAGCCAUGACGACUUGCUGUCAAUCAAAGAAAAUGGAAGCAUAGAACUGGAAGAAACUGCCAAAUUACCGGCUAAACAGGGCUCAAAGUCUUCAAUAUUCUCUUUGUUUGGUCGCAAAAAUUCACCAGAGGAUGUGAAGAACAAUGGAAGCUCAUUUUAUGUUGACAUAAAGUCUGACAAACAGCCUGUGAACUCUAAAUCUUGUGGCCUGUCAAACAUGUCAAACCAGCAGCUACAUGUGGACACAGGAAGUGUGCUGUCACUAUCUGUGACUCCACCCCCGAGUGAUGGCAGUACCAAAACUUCUCUGACCUCUGACAGACUUGGCAUUAUUGGAAGCAAGAGCAAAGCCUCACGGAACAGUCAGCUUGCAUCUGAGGAAGAGCUAGACAGUGUUAUUAAUCUGUUAUCUGGCUGUGGGGCCAGCAACAGUAGUAACAGUAGCAGUCGGGCCUCGCCACAAAUGCAAAGUAUACCCGAGAACAAAGUGGCAUCCCCGAGGCUUGAACUGCCGCGGGACCACCUCCCGCACCAUCACCACACAACGCCCAGGGGCCUCUCCCCGACCCCUGCCAGCACAAACUCCUCAGGGGUUGGGCCUGUCGUCACCCACAUUCCCAUCACCGUGACACGAGAACCUGACAGCCUUAAACCUCCGCCUCGCACCCAGCACCAUAGACGCUCCGAGGGGUCCAUAGACUUCACCAACAGCGACUUCUAUGGCCGGAAUACCUGGCCACAUCAGCACCGCACCAGUCUUCCAAAUGGACCCCCUGGUGCCCCCCAGGGACUUUAUGACCCUCUGUCUCAGGAACAGCAGUCCUUUGCUCGUCGCUACUCUUCCGAUCUGCAGGCCAGACCACGCGGUUACUGCGGUAACCAUUUGUUGUCCUACCCUCAGUGGACGUUUCCCGAGUCUAAGUUCCAGACAUGGCAGACGUUGUCGAGUCAUACCAGUUCUCAGGCCAGUGGACUGGCUACAGCUGGAUCUGACACGAUGACCAGUAGCUGGUCUGGCUUCCAAGACUCCAGUGACCUCAGUGAUGAUUCGUCUAGCGGAGAACAGUUCUUUGCGGUCGGAUUGGACCUGGUCAACGCAUUAGACUCAAAAAAUGAUAGCAGUGAUGAAGAGCUUGAACAAAGAGCUUUUCUCCGGGAUGCCAAAGAACAAAGACCUAGAAGUCUGGAAAAUCUUCUGGACGUGAAAUCCAACUACACCUGGCCUCCCAAGCAGCCCUGGGCAAGGUCUGCACUGGUGAUCAGUGAGGCCAUGGAGGCGUCUGUCCACGACAAUGCUCACCGCCCUCUGCAGAUGCAGUGGAGUGAUCCCAUGUCCAGUCGCAAUGUCUGGGGUGCAGCAGGCCUGGGACCCCAGCUUCAACACCGAGCGAUGCACGAUUUUGGACCUCUGCCUCACUGACAACAGGAAGACGUUGGAAACACUGUUACUAAUAUAAAAUGCUCUUGGAAGGACUAAGGGUCAUGCUUUGGUUAUCUUCCCAUCCUGUGCUAUGAAGUGACUGCUGACCUCAGGUUAUCCCCCUUUAUGGUGCUCUUUUCUCUGAGAACAAAAUAUGUCAUUUUAUGAGUUUAACUCCAAAUGAUAAGUUGACUUAUGAUAACCUUUCACUGUAAUUUUAUUGUUUUAGUACUGCUGGAUGAGAGAACAUUUUAAGACAUAAUUAACAAUCAUGGGGCAUUGAUAUUACUUCAUCUACUUCCAGGUACAUUUGCUGGAAUGAUGUAGAUCUCUGAUUUUGGUGCAUAAUUUACAGUAGACUAGUGAUUAUCAGGCUGUUUUCAUCACAUUUCAUUGGCUCUAAGCUUACUAUACACAAGGAUAUGAAUUGGAUAGCUUGCUUUGAUAAACCACUUCCAUAUUAAAGCUUCAUUUAUUGACAGCCGUCUUCACAUAUUGCCAGAGCCAAACAUGGUAAAGGCUAGUCUCACUACAACAUGGCUGAAAUAUUGCCGAUAUGGCGUUAACCCGCAUUCAUUCAUUUAUUCAUUGGCCAUAGCUCCUCAAAGAAGCUGACACCAGAUUUAGCAGUGUACUACUGUGAUUUUUUAAUGAAACUUUUCACUUCCACGUAAUUCUGCCACAUUGAAACAGUGUUAUAUUCCCAGGCCCCCGUGGCCAAAUCCAGAAAUAGUGGCCACGAGUGAUGAUGAAACAGAAAUAACAUUAAAACAGUGUAAUUUUCCCAGGCCCCCAUGGCCAAAUCCAGAAAUAGUGGCCACACGUGAUGAUGAAACAGAAAUAACAUUGAAACAGUGUAAUUUUCCUAGGCCCCCGUGGCCAAAUGGUUAGCGUGUUAGGGCAGCACAGUGACGCAGGAACCUCUCACAAAUGGGGUCAAUCUGCGGAUGGAUUUGGGAUUUCCCACAGGUUCCUGGCCGCCAUCUUAUAUGUGAAAUAAUCUUGGGUAUGGCAUAAAGAACCAGUCAAAUAAAUGAAAGUUAAAGUCUGAGCAGACAAAUUCAGGUCAGAUUUAUGAGUGCAUGCUGUUGUCAAGAAAGGAAUAUUGAACUUUAUGAUAAAAUAAAGAAAUGAUUGUCUGUACAUAUCGUACAGUAGCUUGCUAAAUAAAAAAUAAGGGCUUAAGCUCUGGAUACACAUUGCUUUCUUCACCAAUUCAUAUUUCUGUGUCUGUUCUCUGAGACAUAUUGCUUUCUUCCUCAAUUCAUAUCCCUAUGUGUGUUUUCUGAGACAUAUUGCUUUUUUCCCCAAUUCAUAUCCCUGUGUGUGUUUUCUGAGACAUAUUGCUUUCUUCCCCAAUUCGUAUCCCUGUGUAUGUUUUCUGAGACAUAUUGCUUGCUUCCCCAAUUUGUAUCCGUGUGUGUAUUUCCCCAGAGAGCAGGAAUAUUGCCCGUCAUUUUCAUCAUUCAUCUGUUAUUGUUUAAACCUUUUUUUUUUUAAUUCACAGUAUUAAUUUAUGUACAUACAUGUCAGUUAGUUUGUCUGCUUCAGGAAAUUGUCUGAAAUCUGAUUGAAAAGUUAAACAAAGGUAUAUAAGCAUGAUUCUGAUGUGGUCUUAGCUUGUAAUGAGGUAACGGCUGCCAUGAAAUUUUUUAAGUUUUUGUCUUUUUUUUUUGAUAUUAUAUUUGAGUUCUCUGGUUUACAUCAAUCAAAUCCAUUGCAGCAGAUUUUGGAGAAGUAAAGCGAACUUUCCUGAAUUGUUGAGAUAACAGAAUACAUAUAUCUGUGUACUUGUUUUAGAAUUAUUUUACAGUAUUAACACAUUGUUUUUAUUUUAGUUUGAUGCAUAUUAACAUCAUCUCUGUACUUGCAUUCUAAAUUGGUUGUUUUUGUUGAAGUUUUUAGAAAAGUUUAUUACAGACAUGUACAUAUCCCUAGAUUGAAGGCUGCAAUCCUUCAUAUUACCCAUGAUCCUUUGUAAUACUUUUGUGAACUCACUGUGAGCUUUUGAAUAUAAGCAGUGGAGAUAUUGUUGGUUGAUAAUAUUCAAUAUUUACAAAUAAUGCAGCAUAUUAGUUACGGUUCAACCAUGUAUAAUUAGGACGGUAGAUUCACUGGAACUUGAUGUACAAAUUUGAAAUGUGCUUUGUAUUCCAAAAAGUUCAGAAAUUCAACAUUGUUGAAUAAGCUAUCGGCUGGGUUUAAAUUCGUUGGCCAACAUUUAUUGGAAGUUCACAACUACCAGGGAAAGUGCUGCUCGUGUUUUUUUUUUUUGGGGUUUUUCUUUUUUCUCUUCAAGUUAAUAUGAAACAAAAACAGAGUUGAUCUCGUGUUUUUUGGCUGGGCCAUACUUUACAAGGUAAUUAUUAGCCAGGGGCUUAAUAAGGAAUUGUGUGGUUUAGACACUAUUUUUAUAUCAAUGUUGUUGUGGAAAUGUCCCCUCUAUAUAAGUUACAUGAUUACUAAUGUGUACUAGGUGACGAAUUCCUGUAACAACUUUUUUAAGAAAUGAACUGCUCACGGCAUAAUGUCA